GGGACUUAAUGGAAAACAAUAUUUUUUACUUAUAUAUGUUUUUUAACUCUGCAAGCUUGUCGCAAAGGUAUUGGACAUGAUAUCAACCCUCGAUUUUCAGUUAGUACGCUACUUCAUAUAUUUGUUCGUAUGAGUUCGGGACCUAAAACCCUGAAAAGAAAGCCUGAUGAAUCUGUUAGUGAUCAGGUCCCAGUUAAAGUAAUUGAAAAAUCAACUGAGGGUUCUCGACGUCCUGCGAUUAUAAGUCCUAUCAAAUUAAAUGUACCCACACAGGAUUUUACACCUGAAAUCCCUAAAAAGGUGGACAGCAAGGUCCGUGAAGUCUUCAACUCAGAUGAGGAAAGUGAGGAAGAGGAAAUUCCAACGGAAGCCAGAAUACGAAUGCGAAAUUUAGGAAGGUACACUCCUACAUCUUGCGGUCCCAAUUCUUUUGGAAAAGGAAGAUUUGGUUUUGUUGAUCGUAGAGCAUUACUUAAUAAACAAACAGAAGCAUUGAAUGAAGCAGUUUCUGGAGAGAAUGAACGUUAGGAAUCAUAUUACUUCAACAAUCAAAACUACAAUAUAUCAAGCAAAAAACCACCACCACUACUACUACCACUACUAACAAAAUCGU